GGACAUUGUAUGUGUAUACCUACGCGUACUAGUAUUGCUGCCCUGGGCUGUUGGCUGGCUCGUUCGUGGGCAGAAAUGCAAGUGUCGCGGCCGUCCGCCAACAUCUCCAAUGAUGCUCUGCCAUGUUGCUCAGGUUUGCGUCUGUUGCCCGCGUGACAAGGCAGUCGGAUAUGUAUCCACAAAUGAAAAGCCGGUGAGGAAAGCAAAUACCCGUUAUAUGGCGAUCGAGGUAGGACAGCUGUGCCAGGGCAGCAUCAACCGCCGUGCCAGGGAAGAUGUAAGUGAUGGUGGCUGGCGGCCGCCCGGUAGGCAAACGACGAAAAUCGUCGGAUUCGCCUUUUCCUUGAUCGCAUCCAUGUCUGCGCAGUGUCACUCUAAUAGUACUGUCCUGCCUCACUUUGGAUUCAUUUCAUCCACAGUGCCCAAAACCAUCAGUUCGUCAGUCAUCCCUGGUCUUGAUCUGUUUUCCAACCUCAACUUCCCUCAUCACCUACCCAUUCAUCUCAUCUCAUCCCUCUCCGUCGUCUCUUCUCGAGACCAAUCUCCUCUUCACGCAUCAAGCAACUUGAAAGCAAGCCAAACCUUCAAGAUGCCCGUCAUCUCACGAAUCCUAUCCAUUGCGCUGCGCAUCGGCCAGCUCGCCUUUGCGGCUGUCGUCGCUGGCAUCGUCGGAUCCUACCUCCACGGCUACCGCCACGGCAGCGGCCUACCUCUCGCACGCUUCAUCUACAUCGAAAUUGUGGCCGGGAUCUCCAUUCUUCUUGCGCUUCUCUGGCUUCUUCCCUUCUCAGCCGGUUUCAUCCACUGGCCCGUCGAUCUGUUAUUGUCGUUUGCCUGGUUCGCGGCAUUUGCCCUACUGGUCAACUAUGUCGAUCGAACCUCUUGCGGCGGCCAUACUUUCAACUGGGGUGGAAUCACUCGCGGCGGCGUCUGUAAUCGUUGGAAGGCAAAUGAGGCUUUUUCGUUCCUGUCUGCAAUCUUCUGGAUGCUGAGUGCAUUGCUGGGCCUCUGGUACAUUCAUCGUGAGAGUCGCAAGGCUGCACGUGGCACCGCACACGGAGAUCCUACCGCACCAAUUGCGGCGAAUGAUGCAGCAUAUCCUCGCCGCCGCUGGUACCGCCGCAGCCGUGUCUGAGGGCAAACACCCGCAAUCGCACCCUUCGACUGGACGAAGAACAUUUCUUCUCGAAAGGAUUGAGAGUUAAGCGAGCAGGGGCUCCAAUGUGUGACUCGGAUUGGCGCUGGUGAUGAUUGCAGAAAGGGAGGAGAUGUACUCUUGGAGACUGGGUGUGGUGGUUGCAGAGACAGGUGACCAACCCGCCCUAAUGCACAGGUUGAAUUAGCCUCUUUGCAGAGAAUCAAUUGAGAUUCAAGUAAUUCAACUCAGUUGGACUUCCUCAAAAUC